CCGCGCCACGCUCCGCGACGUGCCUGACGCCGCACGCACGCUGAGGGCAGAGCGGGCAAGGGGCCCGCGCCGCCGCCGCCUCCUCCUCCCUCGCCCACCGGAGCGGGGGGACGGGGCUUGGCGGCGCCGCACUACUGCGGGAGGGAGGGGAGCGAGGCCCCAGCGCGUCUCUUCCCAAAGAUUACAAGAAAAACCUGAGCUGAAAGUCUCCAGUGCUACCUUCUGUUAGCUAUCAGCAGGGGAGAAGAGUAUUUCCAAUUCAACCAGAGAUGACACUAGUUACUCGACGAGAAGUUCUUGACCUUUACCGCAAGAUAUUCCGAAUAGCCAAAAAAUGGCAGUCUGCAUCAGGACAGACAGAAGAAACUAUUAAAGAGAAACAGUACAUUAUAAGUGAAGCCAGAACAUUAUUCCGAAAAAAUAAAAAUGUAACAGAUCCAACGCUGAUUAAACAGUGUAUAGAAGAAUGUGAGGCAAGAAUAGAAAUUGGACUUCACUAUAACAUCCCCUACCCAAGACCUAUCCAUCUGCCUCCUAUGGGUCUUGCCUCUAAACAAGGCCGUGCAUUUCGACACCAGGAAAAACUGAGGAAGUUUUCCAAGCCAAUAUACCUGAAAUCCCAUGAUGAUAUUUCGUAAGCCAUCAUUUAAGAUGUGAGGUGUUUGGAUUGUAAUUCUGCAACAAUUUUUUGUCCAACUGUGAAUGAAGCUGUUUUGGUCACAAUCUCACACAUUUCCUGAGGCCAGAAGGCUAACUGAAUACAAUGCAUAUGAUGGAUAAGCACUGGAAGGCCAAGACUGAAAUUUGUUACAACCUCUGGCUCCUCAGCUGAAUGAAGGCAUAGACCCGCUCUAUUGUUAAGUCUGGAGAGCAAACCUUUCUUUCACAGCCUAAGUUAAACUCUGUAUGGAAGGGAGAACCUGCCUCCAACAGUAUCCUUUUGUCAAGCUGUUAAACUACCGUGCUGAUGGAGUUUCAUAAAAAGAAUAUCUUCUGUAACUCACUCCAGCUGGUCACUGGUACUCAUAAAUAACACCAAGGACCAUAGCCCUCUUGCAAAAUACAACACCAGGUUCUCUGACAAAGUAUCUCAAAGAUACUGCAAUAUGUCAUUUCUGCACAUUGAUUUUAUUUGCAAAAAGAUGCUGCCCUAAAAUGCCUUUGAGUUCUUGAGAAUUUGUAAUGCACUGUACUGCCUUAACUUCCAUACUCCCCUUACAAUAAAUCCUGUCUUUUUCCAGUUUAUCAUGCUAGUCAGGAGAUGCUUUAGAAUUUCAAAUUAUUUAGAAUUUCAAAUUGUCUGACGGGUUAUUAUUCUAUAGAAAUAAAAACCUGAGUCAGCUGCUUGAACUCUCCUGUAAGCUAACCCAUAGGCAAUGCAGUGGUAAUUUGUUGACAUGACAUCUGCCCUUAAAUAUCCAGAAACACCGCUUUUCUAGAAAUUGUCUAACGCUAUCAUUAAUAAGGUCAUAACUUACAAAACAAAACAAUUAAGCCAAAUUCAGCAGUAACAUUACCGAGCACACAACCAUUUAAGCAGAUGGGAUUGGCACCUGCUUAUUGAGUGUACUCCUUCAUGUUUUAUAUGAGUGAAGAAGCUCUCAUUAAGUUACAGCAAUGACCCAAUCUAUUCCAAGGGAAGUAUCUUAGAACAGAGAGAUGGUUAAGUUGGAUUAAGUCAUUCCCACUAAUACAAGUUUGUUCUUGUAAUACAUUUUAUAUCUGGAGAAAAUAAAGGUAACUUGGACUUUGGCCUCUUGGGCCCCACUAUGUAUUGGUCAGAACUGAUGUCAAUAGAGCCAUCUUUUAUCCACAGACAGGUCACUUCUUUGAUCAUACCUAUGAAUUCAUUUUCAAGAAUGUUAAUUACAGGAAGAGACCUUCACUUUUCACUAAUUUUUCUAAUCCUAUGAGCCAAACAUUCUAACUUACAGGAACUCAUAAGAGGACAAAUUGGGGGCCUUUGCAUUGUCUUUUUGCCUUUUCACAGUAUAAUUUUCUCUUUUAGCAGCCCAGCAGUGUCAUGAUCAACAGGCACUUUCUGUUUCUAAAAUGGCUUUUUUUGUAAAGAUAAGAUUAGAAAAAAGCUUCCAUCUCCUGAGAAAAUGUUCCAACUCUACUGGUCUUUCAGCAUCACUAGCUGAAAAUCUGUCCCUGCCAUUUUUAAAGGCACAAGUGUCUGUUGCUCCCCAGUGUUUGUGUACUGCUCCCCCCCCCCUUCCCCAGCUUGGGCUGAUUGGUGAGGCUGGGCAUUUAUGGUCUGCAGUAAUUACGGGGGGGGGGGGGGGGGGGGGAGGGGUUGUUUAAUGUGAGUUUCUCACUGAGAAAUAGAAGUACUAAACCUGUAAAACUAAGAAUUCUAAUACUACUACUAUAAGGAACUUCAUUUGCCUGCAAAUGUUUUACAUUUUAAUCAUGAAAUUAAAAUUCAUCCAGCUAACAGCUGAGUUGCCUUUUUUCCCUCUUAACUCAGCCAACAAAUGUUGUCAAGUCUCAUGCUCUGCCAGUUUAUCAUUCUUCAGAAAACCCUAGAUAAAACACAGCAAAUAAGGUUGAGAAGCUCACUUCAAAAAAAAAAAAAAAAAAUCACAGAAACAUAUCUCUAAGACAGAUAUCUCUCACAGUAAGUUCCACUGUUUUUUUUUUGGUUGUUUGUUUUUUUGUUUUUUUCUCUUUAAUAGUAAGAGCAGCUCAGGAAAUCACAUACUUCUUCAAGAAUUCAAUAACCAUGAAAUAAAGCAACUUAGCCAUACCUGAUUUCUCCUGAAGGGGACAUAGCAACAGAUAGAUGCGUGAACCUUCUUUUACAGCCUUUUUCCAUACCUAAAUCCUUCAGUCACAUCUACAAAAGCUUGAAAUAAAUCUUUAUGUUCUAAUAGAUGCCUUCAUCUCCAGUCUAAAUAUCAACACAGAAGAAUUUAGAAAAUUACCACAAUAGCAAAAGCAUUGCGCACAAUGGAGCAAAGACACUGUAUCUUCACAAGAAAAGGAAGCACAGUAACUGUGUCAUUCAAUAAACUACCCAUUAGUGUUUGUUCCUGAAAAGACAUUAACCAGAAACCCACAUGGCAAGCUACCACAGAGUAUUUUCCAAUAGUUUGAAAGUAAUUUAUCUCCACAGAAUGUAAUUUAGUUAAUACUAGUGAGUCUCGUUUUUAAUUCGUAAUGGCUUAAUUUAUUUAGAGGACUUUGUUCACAAGACUGGCAUUAUCUGAAGGAGGAUGCAGAAACUCAAUCUUGUUUUCGAUUUUUCAGUUCAGUGUUUUAAGAAUUUUCACUGUACUGUUGCCCCAGUCUCCCUUCCAGCAGUGCCUCAGGACAGGGUAUUAUCACAGCAGGUAAGCUGUCACCAGGGUCACUUAGAAGCAUAAGUUCAAGUCUAAACAGAAGGAUCCUUCAGAGAGCAGUGGCUGAGCAGAGCCAGCCAUGAGGAUGGAUCUGCUACAUAGGUGCAGCCUCCCUGGGUCUGCGCCUCAGCACGAGUGUUGCAUGCAGAGGGGCUGGAAAAGGAGGCUGCUGAGUGCUUUGGUCUCUCUGAUGUUGCAGUGGCCUAAUUAGUGAUCUGAAAUGUUCAAUGCGAUUUUGCUUGCCAUACAUAUCACCGUAACAGACACAGGUAGCAAUUUAAAAAUACAGUAAUUACAAUGUUUCUUCAAACAUAUGCACUAACUUUCAAUUAACUUUAACGAUACAAAAAGUCAAAAGCAUCUGCAAUAUUCCAUUAAGACAACUAGCAGGAAACUGUAUUUUUAAAAGACUACUUUUUCAUUAUUUUUAAUUUUGAUUUACUUAGCUCUUCAGAAACAUAACUCCCCUCUCAAAAAAAUCUUAUCAGUUUGGGUGAUCAUGCUGUAACAAUAAUAUACAAUGAGAUUUAUUUAUGCUGCACAUGCUAAAUGUAAUUCCAUCUGAAUUUUGUUAAGGCUAGUUUUUCCCUGUCAGUAAGCUGAAACACCUAUACAACUCUAUCAACUUUUUUUUAACAAAUAUGCAUUAAGACUUCAGAUCUGUCAUCUUUGCACUAGUAAAAAUGUAACAAUAUGCACCAAAUGCCAACUUACUCUACUGCUUAAGAGGCAUCAGAUAUGGUAGAUAAAAAUACUGUACUAAUUACCUAUGUAUAUUAUAUGCAGAGCAGCAGUAUACAAUGUACCUGUAGCAUAGCUUGCUUACCUGUAUGUUACCAUUCUUAAAAGUUACUGGUUUAUAAAUAUCUAUAUAAAACAUAAAGCAGUGGUUAAUAAAACAAUAAUGAACACUGUUUUCUCUUAUAAUAACUACGCACAAGACAACAGAUAAGUUCCUAUGAUAAGAUCUGCAUGGUUUAAUUAGUUGUAGCAGCAUAACUUAAUGAUUGUAGCAUAAUACUGGAACUGCUGAAUUAUAGCUGUAUCUGACUUUUUGAGACCUCAAGCAAGUCAUUAAGAUGCUGCAAUCUGGGCAAUCAAAAAAUGAAGAGACCCCAAAUUAGGGGAUGUUUGUGCUUUUUUUUUUUUUUAAUGUUUGCCUUGAUCUUUGCACUUCCCUUGCACUGUGUAUAAAACAAAUCUAACGAUCCACCAUCAGUACCUCCUUGGCAUGCUGUGGGGAUUAAUUAAUGACUGCACAGCUCUUUGAAGAUGUUCAGGGCUAUUUUAUUUUUCAUUAAUGUUUGCAAGUUACUUUGAGCUUCUCUGAUGAAACAGCUUAAAACAAGUACAAAAUAGCAGGUGGUUAUUAGUCCAACAUGCAAGAGGGCAAGACAAGGAAGUAAAAUCAGACUGUGAGGGAAAGGAAGCUUAGCUCCUUUCAGGCACCUUAUAUGUGUAGGUAAAUAAGACUGAAAUAAAAAAUUAAAACAUCAUGAGACAAGCAUGCUGUUCUGAGAAAUGGCAGGCUCCCAACACAUGUGCUAUCUAGAAGUUUUCCAUAGAAAUUCUGGGGCAAAUCUUCAAGGACUAUCAGUUACUAUAGCUUCCUAAUACAGCUCUGGCAGUUUAUUCUAGCUGAGGAUUGGUUUUAUAUGUUGUGAGCAAACUAUUCUUGUCUCCUCCCUCCUUGACCUACACACUCCUGGGAUACAGAAGUGGUAGGCAGAUCCAGAGAGAGCUGUUUGUAAGAGUUGUGGACUAGGUUCCCAUUAAAAUCAGCAGCAAAACUCUAUCAAUAAUCUCUUCGGACCCAAUCUUAUAAACAAAGAAGCCCCAUGAGUGCAGCAAGGUGGAAAUUCUGUUCAUUCCGAUCUAUUGCAAAAUAAAGCCUAGACCUUUGAAAAA